AUGACCACUCACGUCACGCUAGAAGAUGCCUUGUCCAACGUGGACUUGCUGGAGGAGCUGCCUCUGCCAGACCAGCAGCCAUGCAUCGAGCCGCCUCCAUCCUCCAUCAUGUACCAGGCUAAUUUUGACACAAACUUUGAAGACAGAAAUGCCUUUGUGACGGGCAUUGCCAGGUACAUCGAGCAGGCGACGGUGCACUCCAGCAUGAAUGAAAUGCUGGAGGAAGGCCACGAGUAUGCUGUGAUGCUUUACACGUGGAGGAGCUGCUCGCGAGCCAUCCCCCAGGUGAAAUGUAAUGAACAGCCAAACCGAGUGGAGAUUUAUGAGAAGACAGUGGAAGUCCUGGAGCCAGAAGUCACCAAGCUUAUGAAGUUCAUGUAUUUUCAGCGCAAGGCUAUCGAGCGGUUCUGCAGCGAGGUGAAGCGCCUGUGCCAUGCCGAGCGGAGGAAGGACUUCGUCUCCGAGGCUUAUCUCCUCACGCUGGGCAAGUUCAUUAACAUGUUUGCUGUCCUGGAUGAGCUGAAGAACAUGAAGUGCAGCGUCAAAAACGACCACUCUGCCUACAAAAGAGCUGCCCAGUUUCUGCGGAAGAUGGCAGAUCCCCAGUCCAUCCAGGAGUCCCAGAACCUCUCCAUGUUCCUGGCAAACCACAACCGCAUCACACAGUGUCUGCACCAACAGCUAGAGGUUAUCCCUGGCUAUGAGGAAUUGCUGGCUGAUAUUGUCAACAUCUGUGUGGAUUACUAUGAAAACAAGAUGUACCUCACUCCCAGUGAGAAACACAUGCUCUUAAAGGUGAUGGGCUUUGGCCUGUAUCUCAUGGAUGGGAAUGUCAGCAACAUUUACAAGUUGGAUGCCAAGAAGAGAAUCAACCUGAGCAAAAUCGACAAAUUCUUCAAGCAGCUGCAGGUGGUUCCUUUAUUCGGCGAUAUGCAGAUAGAACUGGCCAGAUACAUUAAGACCAGUGCUCACUAUGAGGAGAACAAAUCCAAGUGGACGUGCACUCAGAGCAGCAUAAGCCCCCAGUACAACAUCUGUGAGCAGAUGGUGCAGAUCCGAGAUGACCACAUCCGCUUCAUCUCCGAGCUCGCUCGCUACAGCAACAGCGAGGUGGUCACGGGCUCAGGACUGGACAGCCAGAAAUCGGAUGAAGAGUACAGGGAGCUGUUUGAUCUUGCUCUACGGGGACUGCAGCUGCUGUCCAAGUGGAGUGCCCACGUCAUGGAAGUGUACUCUUGGAAGCUGGUUCAUCCCACAGAUAAAUUUUGUAACAAGGAUUGCCCAGGAACAGCAGAAGAGUAUGAGAGAGCCACCCGGUACAACUACACCAGUGAAGAGAAGUUUGCCUUUGUGGAGGUGAUUGCCAUGAUCAAAGGUCUGCAAGUGCUGAUGGGCCGGAUGGAGAGCGUCUUUAACCAAGCCAUCCGCAACACUAUCUAUGCAGCCCUCCAGGACUUUGCCCAGGUGACCCUGCGAGAGCCGCUCCGGCAGGCAGUCAGGAAGAAGAAGAAUGUCCUGAUCAGUGUCCUUCAGGCAAUUCGGAAGACAAUCUGUGACUGGGAGGGAGGUCGAGAGCCUCCAAAUGAUCCUUGCCUGAGAGGUGAGAAGGAUCCUAAAGGAGGAUUUGAUAUUAAAGUCCCACGACGAGCAGUAGGACCAUCAAGUACGCAGGUAUGUAAAUCUCCAUCUCCUGUGUGGGGAAUUAAUGGUCUAACAGCCAUGUGGGGGUCUCCCAUCCAGUGGAUUAGCAGCUGUUUCCUUGGUCUCUACAUGGUGCGGACCAUGCUGGAGUCCCUCAUAGCAGACAAGAGUGGCUCCAAGAAGACUCUGAGGAGCAGCCUGGAUGGGCCGAUAGUCUUGGCCAUCGAGGAGUUCCACAAGCAGUCCUUCUUCUUCACCCACCUUCUCAACAUCAGUGAAGCGCUGCAGCAGUGCUGCGACCUGUCCCAGCUCUGGUUUCGGGAGUUCUUCCUGGAGCUGACCAUGGGCCGCCGCAUCCAGUUCCCCAUCGAAAUGUCCAUGCCCUGGAUCCUCACAGACCACAUUCUGGAAACCAAAGAACCCUCCAUGAUGGAGUAUGUACUGUACCCCUUGGACCUCUAUAAUGACAGCGCAUACUAUGCCUUGACCAAGUUUAAAAAGCAAUUCCUGUAUGAUGAAAUUGAAGCUGAAGUGAAUUUGUGCUUUGAUCAAUUUGUGUACAAGCUGGCAGACCAGAUCUUUGCCUAUUACAAAGCAAUGGCUGGCAGUGUUUUAUUGGACAAACGUUUCCGGGCUGAAUGUAAGAAUUAUGGGGUGAUUAUUCCAUACCCACCAUCCAACCGCUACGAAACACUGCUCAAGCAGAGGCACGUCCAGUUGCUGGGUAGAUCCAUUGACCUGAACAGGCUCAUUACCCAGCGUAUCUCAGCAGCGAUGUACAAGUCGUUAGACCAGGCCAUUAGCCGCUUUGAGAGCGAGGACCUGACAUCCAUAGUGGAGCUGGAGUGGCUCUUGGAAAUAAAUCGCCUGACUCACAGGUUGCUGUGCAAGCACAUGACGUUGGACAGCUUCGAUGCCAUGUUCCGGGAGGCGAACCACAACGUCUCCGCACCCUAUGGGCGCAUCACCCUCCACGUCUUCUGGGAGCUCAACUUUGACUUUCUACCCAACUACUGCUACAAUGGAUCCACCAACAGGUUUGUGAGGACAGCAAUCCCUUUCACGCAGGAACCCCAGCGGGACAAGCCAGCCAACGUGCAGCCAUAUUACCUCUACGGAUCCAAGCCUCUCAACAUUGCCUACAGUCACAUCUAUAGCUCCUACCGCAAUUUUGUGGGGCCACCUCAUUUCAAGACGAUCUGCAGGCUUCUUGGCUAUCAAGGCAUCGCAGUGGUCAUGGAAGAGCUGCUGAAGAUCGUCAAGAGCCUGCUCCAAGGCACCAUCCUGCAGUACGUGAAGACUCUGAUCGAAGUAAUGCCCAAGAUCUGCCGCUUGCCAAGACAUGAGUAUGGCUCUCCAGGAAUCCUGGAGUUUUUCCACCAUCAGCUGAAGGACAUCAUUGAGUAUGCAGAGCUGAAGACUGAUGUGUUCCAGAGCCUCAGAGAAGUGGGCAAUGCCAUUCUCUUCUGCCUCCUUAUCGAGCAGGCUUUGUCCCAGGAGGAAGUUUGUGAUUUGCUGCAUGCUGCUCCCUUCCAAAAUAUUUUGCCCAGGGUCUACAUCAAAGAAGGAGAACGCUUGGAGGUGCGCAUGAAGCGUCUCGAAGCCAAGUAUGCCCCACUUCACCUGGUUCCCUUAAUAGAGAGGCUGGGCACUCCGCAGCAAAUAGCCAUCGCCCGGGAGGGUGACCUGCUGACCAAGGAGCGGUUAUGCUGCGGGCUGUCCAUGUUCGAGGUGAUCCUGACGCGAAUUCGGAGCUACCUGCAGGACCCCAUCUGGCGCGGGCCACCUCCGACCAACGGGGUCAUGCACGUGGACGAGUGCGUGGAGUUCCACCGGCUCUGGAGUGCCAUGCAGUUCGUGUACUGCAUCCCCGUGGGCACCAACGAGUUCACUGCAGAGCAGUGCUUUGGAGAUGGUCUGAACUGGGCAGGUUGCUCUAUCAUUGUUCUCCUUGGACAGCAACGGCGCUUUGACCUCUUUGACUUCUGCUACCACCUGCUGAAGGUACAGAGGCAGGACGGGAAGGAUGAAAUAAUAAAAAAUGUGCCCUUGAAGAAGAUGGCUGACAGGAUCAGGAAGUAUCAGAUUCUGAACAAUGAGAUUUUUGCCAUCCUGAACAAGUACAUGAAGUCGGUGGAAACAGACAGUUCCACAGUGGAGCACGUGCGCUGCUUCCAGCCCCCCAUCCACCAGUCGCUGGCCACCACCUGCUAG